GUGUGUGUGCUUCCGGGUGGGCGCGCCGAGGGGAGAUGUCGGGAUGGCCCGGGCCUCCCAGCGCCGAGCCCGAGGGGGCACCGGCCCCAGCGGAGACGGACACAGGGCAGACCAAGUCCUCGCAAAAAAUUGAAGACUUGAUGGAAAUGGUGAAGAAGUUGGAGAAAGCAGGAAACCUGGAACCCAGGGUUGAGGUCCUGAUUAACCGGAUUAACGAGGUUCAGCAAGCUAAAAAGAAAGCCAGCGAGGAGCUGGGAGAGGCCCGAACUGUCUGGGAGGCCCUGCAGAAGGAGCUUGACUCUCUGAAUGGAGAGAAAAUGCGCCUGAAGGAGAUCCUGAACAAAAAGCAAGAGACCCUGAGGAUUCUCCGGCUGCACUGCCAGGAGAAGGAAGGUGAAGCACAGAGGAAGCAUAGCGUGCUGCAGGGGUGCAAGGCACGGAUUUCUGCCCUCAACUCCCAGAUUGAGGAAGAGAAGAGCAAACAGAGGCAGCUGAGAUUGGACUUCGAAGAACAGCUGGAGGAUCUGAUGGGUCAGCACAAGGACCUCUGGGAAUUCCACAGGCCGGAGCGACUGGUCGGGGAGAUUGGGGCCCUGGACAGCAACAAGGAGCAGCUGCUCAAGGAAGAGAAACUGGUAGAGGCAAAGCUGGAGGAUGUGAAACGCCGCCUGUGUUCCCAGUUUGGGGCCAAGGGCCGCUCCACCAUCACCGAGGGGCUCUUCCUCCGCAGCCAAGAAGCAGCAGCUGUGGUGAACCUGUUUGAGGAAGAGAAUGGGAAGUCCCAGGAGCUCCUGGAGGCCGCGGCCCAGCGCCAUGAGCAGCUGUGGCAGAAAUGCCAGCAGCUGCAGCAGAAGAGGCAGAGGCUGAAGGAGGAACUGGAAAUGUUAGGGGUGCAGGUCCCGGUUCAAGCCCAGAACAAACAAGAGGAAGGGACUGGCCUCGGAGAAGCUGCCAAUCCCAAGUCCCUUGGACUCAGAGAGGAGGAAGACCCGGAGCUGCCCAUGAAGCAAGGCCCAGUGUCGUCCUAGCAAGGAGAUCCCCCCACCCCCUACCUUGGUACUUAGUCCUGGCACUGCGGUGAAUAAAGGUGCUAUUUUGGUACAACUGCCUCCUG